UAUUAGGUUACUAACCUAACACAGAAGAAUAACACAGUGAACACGAACGUUUUUCACAGAGAUCAUCGAUUGAUUUAUAGAUAUGGCUUCUUCAGUACCAUGUGGACCCUGUGGUCAUGACAGCAUAACAAAGAAUGCAGAGAAAUGGUGUACCGAUUGCAGCGAAGGGUUCUGUAUUGUAUGUGAAAAAGCGCAUAGAGCAAUGAAAAUGUCGAAAGACCAUAAUUUCAUCCAAAUAGGAGAUUACCGUGAAAUUGAAAAUGUUAAGGUUUGCUUAGAGUGCCAGGAGCAUGGGUCAAAACUUGAGAUGUAUUGCAAGUUACACGAAAUGCCUAUUUGUUUGGCAUGCUUCCCAGCAAAGCACAAAAGUUGUUCCGAUGCCAUUAUUCCUCUAGCUGAAGCUGCAAAAAAUGCAAAAACAUCGACUUCUCUUGCAGACUUAGAACAUACUAUUAACAACACAAUAGGUAACAUACGAGAGUGUGUUAAGGACCGCGAGGCAGCAAAAGAAAAAAUGGAAACGCAAAAAAUUGGAAUAAAGAAACUUAUUUCAAUAACGCGGCAGAAUAUAAAUGACCGUUUAGAUGAUCUGGAGAGAAAAUCAUUAAAUGAUUUGUCAACUACAUAUUCAUCUUGUACGUCAAAAUAUCAGAAGUUAACGAACAAACUUAAUACAUUUGAAAAAAAUAUUAAACGCUUCAAGGAAGAAACAUCUCAGCUUAAGCGUUUUGCCCCCGACCUACAUGUGUUCCUUAGCACGCAUCAGAUGAACAUAGAGGUACACAACGAAUUAAUAGCCAUACAGGAAGCCAUAAGUUCCAUUGAUAACUACAACAUAGAAAUUGAAAUACACCAGGGGAUAACUUCACUAUUAAAAGAUGUAGACUACUUUGCUAAGAUAAAAGUGGAGAACAGUACCAUCAGCUUUCCAUUUAAAGAUGCAAAGACUGAUCAAGCUCAAUUACCAGCACAAAUAAGAAGAUCCGUUCAAAAUACAAGGCUGGAAUUAAGAAAGAAGAUAACGAUUAAGCAAAACGGAAAAAGCAUGUACAUUUCAGGGUGUACUAUUCUGUCAAAUGGUAACUUACUAAUUGCAGAUAUCGAUGGACGGAAUGUAUUAUUAGAGUAUAACGAUGACGGAAAAUUGAUCCAUGAAAUACUCGUCUCUGCGAGGCCUUAUUAUCUUUCAUUAAUUGAUUCCGACCACAUCGCGGUGUCUUAUGGUGAUCAAUGCUACAUAGAGAUAAUAGAUUUGAAUAAGACAAUCGUUUUCAACAGAAUGAAAUUAAAAAACUGUUGUUGGGGAAUAUCAUACAGUGAAGGAAAGAUUUAUGCUGUAGUAAGAGAUGAAGGCAUAGUUGUGUUGGAUAUGGAAGGAACUAUAGUAAAUACAAUAAAGUGUGACAUAGGAAAUGUUGACAAUAUCACAACUAGCAAAACUAGAAUCUACUAUAUAGAUAUCCACCAAAACACUGUUUAUUGUUGCAGUUCAAAUGGAAAAGAAAUAUGGAGUGUCAAGGAUAAGUCACUUGUAUGCUCUGAAGGAAUUUCCGUUGACCCUGACCAGAAUGUGUUUGUUGUAGAUUUUCGAAAUAAUAACCUUGUAAUGCUACAAGAUGGCGGAAAAGUCAGCAAAACAUUAUUAACCGAAGCAGAUGGAAUACAGCAUCCAACACGCGUAUUCUACAACAAAGAAAAAAGCCAAUUGCUAGUAUGCAACAAACAAAACAGUGUUUUUUUAUUCAGUGUUAUUUAGUUGCAAUCCGUUUUGUUAGGGCUAACUAUACAAAGGGAAUACAAACGUGCAUGUGUUAAAUAUUAAAUUGAUGGUUUCAAUGA